AUGAAGAAGCGGCUCUGCUGGCGGCAGCCAUCGAGCUCUCUCUUCGUGAUACGGGUGGCCCAGCAGAGCAGCCCGAUGCUGCCCCAGCUGCACCAUCUCGACGCAGGCCUUGCAUCGCUUCUGGCGAGCUUGCAGCAGGCCAUGACCCAGCCUUCUCCUGCCCACGAGGGGGCGAAAAUGGUGCUAUGCGUGCGACGAGACUUGGCCAUGACCACAGGCAAGAUCGCUGCCCAGUGCAGCCAUGCCACGCUCGGACUGUACAAGACGAUGGUCGCCCAUCACUCCCGGCUGCUCGAAGAGUGGGAGGACAGCCACUGCCCGAAGAUCGCCCUCAAGCUAGACGAUGAGAAGCAGAUGUACAUUCCGGAACACUUGUUGGCUGCCAUGCUCGGCCUGCCUACGCACAUCGUCAGUGACGCCGGCAAGACCCAGAUCGCGCGGGGCUCGCGUAAGCAAAUCGAUCCGUUCUCGCUGCACUGUAGUGGUGUGUACCCUAACCUGGCUUUGAACACGCCAAAACGUAACACAGGCAGAAAGUCGGCCGUGGACAGCGUGACUGGAGAGUUGAAGCUUCUAUAG